AUGGGAAUCAAGGAGAGAACAAGCUCCAACAAACAGAGCUGGCACCGGAGCAGAGGGGCCGCGCCAGAGCCCAGAACACGCCAGAGCCCAGAACACGCCAGAGCCCAGAACACGCCAGAGCCCAGAACACGACAGAGCCCAGAACACGCCAGAGCCCAGAACACGACAGAGCCCAGAACACGACAGAGUGCGGAUCAAUCUACAGACUAUGAGACGCACGGAGCUGCAGCCAACGUCAUGAUCGCGAGCUGA